UUUCCGGCCGGACGCGUACAGUGGCGUCCCACUGAGGGAAACGUCCUUCCGGUCUCAGCGUCACCGCCUCAAUUCAAACCGGGGAGAUGGCGGGUAAUCCCGAAGCGGUGCCGGUGUCAGCCUCGCAGGAUCAGGACGCCCGGACCCCCUCAGACUCCCAGGCCUCGGUGCCCGCCUCUCCCGCGGAGGACUUCCGAGUGCGCUGUACCUUGAAAAGGGCCGUGGCGGAAGUGAUGGAGCAAUGCGGUCGCUUUGUGCAGGAGCUCGGGGCCGCGCUGCCGGAGGACGUCCGAGACCUUGCGCUGCGGGACGCGCAAUGGACUUUUGAGUCCGCUGUUCAGGAGAAUGUCAGCAUCAAGGGACAAGCCUGGCAGGAAGCUACGGACCACUGUCUUAUGGAUGCUGACAUCAAAGUGCUUGAAGAUGAAUUUGAUGAGCUCAUAGUAGAUGUGGCAACAAAACGUAGGCAGUACCCGAGAAGGAUCCUCGAGAGUAUCAUCAAGACCUUGAAAGCACAGCACGAGAGUCUGAAGCAGUAUCGGCCUGUUGUACAUCCCUUGGACCUGCGAUGUGACCCUGACCCAGCUUCUCAUGUGGAAAGUUUGAAAUGCCGAGGGGACGCCAUAGCUAAGCAAAUCAGUGACGCCAUGAAGGCUUUGCCUGCGUUAAUUGAACAAGGAGACGGCUUUUCCCAGGUCUUGAAGAUGCAGCCUGUCAUCCAGCUACAGAGGAUCAAUCAGGAAGUCUUUUCCAGCUGUUGCAGGAGAGCAGAUACCAAGCCCGACAAGUCUGUAACACAAAUAGAAACCACGCCGACCGAGACUGCAGCCAGGAAAGCCUCGAACAUUGUGCUGAAGAGAAAGCACGCCCCGUCGGACUGCUCUCAGAGAAAGCGCUACCCGCUGCGGCUAAAGAAAAUCAACCUCGACGGAUAAGCUGUGGGUUGGGGAAUUGAAGUCAGUGCUCUCAGCGUUUGGGUCACGGUCUGCUGCGCGGGGGACGUCACUUCAACUGCCUGUCACUCUCUGCAGGCACAGUGCUCCACUCUGCUUGUCCUGGGCUGUGGCGGGUUCUCUACGCCCUUGAUCUCCUUCUGCGCUAGGUAAAAGCCUUUUGAGGAUUGCACAGCCCUGGCCGUGUCCUCAGAUGCCAUCGGUCCCUGCAGGGGUGUGGACUGAUGCCCUGGGGUGGCUCUGCACGGCAGUGUGUGCAUGGCUAGUUCAGUUCAUAGGUGAGCGCACCGAAGACUGGCCUGGCCUUGGCUCUGUUCCAUGGGCAGUUAAUUUACAGUUUUAGGGUUUUGUUUUGUGAGAAAGGAGAAGGCUAUUAUUUAUGCAGGGAAUAUUCUUAAAAAGCAAACCUGAGGCUGGAGCCUCUGUUUCUUGCCUACACUUUCAUGUCUGUAGGUUUUUUAAUAUAACUUGACUGGGAACUGAUAGUUUCUUUUAAAGUCUUCGUUUCCAAAUAGAUCCUUCCAGUUCAAAGCAUACAUUAGGGUUGUUUGUCAUGCCAUGUACAGCAGAUCUAGGCCGAGUGAGCUACCCCUGUUAAGGGCGUUGAUAGCUGAUAUAGUGUCAGACUUAAAAGGGUCUCAGCAAACUUACACUCUGAGAUUUAGCCACAGCCUCUCAGAGCCGGCAUUAUGUCUCACACGGUGCAUUGUAGAUAGGGCCUCUAGCUUACCACCUGUUUCCUUUUUGGGUGAUUCUACACUCUUGUCCGUUUCCAGAGGAAUGUACUAAGGGCUUGGAAAUUCUGUAUUACUCUUGCUUGGUAUGUCCCCAUGAUCAUACACAUCUAGGUUUGUCUGGUUUUCUCAUUUGAAAAAGCCUUAUGGUGAGGCCAUUUAUGGAAUCUUUAGAUUCUGUUUUAGUGUUCCUACAGAGCAAUGUUUUUGUUUUGUGUUUUAAAAUAACAUAUAAAGACCAAAUUCCUGGGUCGUGCUCUCUCCAGCUAACAAAGCAUUCUUGGUGCCAGCCUGCACCAGACAGCAGGUCGGCACUCUGCGUUCUGAGUAAACUGACCUUUGCCUGAGAAUCACUUGGUGACUUCAGGAGGUGGCUGCUGUUCUGUGAUUGGUCUUACUUCAGAAGUUCCCAAGCAGGCAAGGCUGUGAGGCAAUGCGGUGGUUUUCCACUGGGCGAGUGCUGUAGGACCCAAUGGGAACAUGAGCUUGGAGGUGUCCCGCUGGGUGGUUUUCCACUUUGCGAGUGCUGUAGGACCCAAUGGGAACAUGAGCUUGGAGGCGUCCCGCUGGGUGGUUCUCAGGAUCUGAGGCUGCACCAAGAGGAGUUUUGAGUGAUUCACAAAUGUCUGGCAUGAAUGUGACUUGACCUUGGAGAGGUGACCGGGGCCCACGUACAACAGUUUUCAGUGGAGGGUUGUCUUCCAAGGGAGCAUUUGUCAAGGCCAAGGCACUUCUGCCUAUGGUAACUUAAGGUGUUUGUGUGUGUGUGUCGGGAGAGGGGGUACUACUGUCACAGUGAGCUGACGCUGCACCUAUCCCAGACCAGUCAUCCUGAGGCAGAGAAGCCUGUUGAGGGGAGAGCUGUAGUGUAAGGUGGUGCGGCUGUUGCGCCAUUCCGACCCAUCUGGGAAGCACUAUCAGUACUGGUGUGCGACUGUUGUGGCAUUCUGCCUGUUUAUACCCUGUGUGUGUGUGUCCCUGCCAGCCUGGGCUGCCUGGCAAUACCGUGUGUGUGUGCGUG